CCAUCACCAUUCAUUUCGCCACUCGUAGUCAUCAUGGGUUUCUCAAACGAACAACUUGUGGCGCGCUUGAAGGAGCUUCAGAUUCCAUUUUCCCAGUAUGAGCAUCCAACUGUUCUGACCGUUGACGCUCAGGCUCAAUAUGUUGGACACUUGGGGGGUGGGCUGAGUAAGAAUUUGUUUCUCAAGGACAAGAAAAACAGGUUGUAUGUUGUUUCUGCUUUAGCUGGUACCAAAGUAGAUCUCAAAGUGUUAUCUCAGCGGCUUGGUUUGGGAAAAGAUGGCCUGAGAAUGGCGCCUGAGGAGGCUUUAGGUGAAAUACUUCAGGUACCCUUAGGUUGUGUCACUCCAUUUGCACUAGUGAAUGAAUCAGCAAGAGAUGUUUCACUGCUAUUGGAUCAAGGAUUCAAGACUCAGAAGCACUGCUUCUUCCAUCCACUGUCGAAUGACAUGUCCAUAUGUAAUAAAAUAGUCAUAUUGUUUACAAUCUCCAUCGUCGUCUCUAACGUUUCAAAACGAGCAGCAUGCUCCUUCUCACGUGAUUCCAUUAUUUCUAGAAUCCGCUUGACGUCCGCUAACCUUGCUAUGAUCUUUAAGAACACAGCAUAUACAGAAGGGUUCCAUGCUGGUACUCGCUGCCAGCCCCCGCGCAUGUGAAGCAUACGAUGGUUUAAGAUUUGCUGGAGGGAAAGUAAAAGAGACCAAAAUUUAACUCUUGUUGUUCAAUGUUUAGUUUGUGGUAACAUGCAUUGAUUGAACACUCAUAUUCUGGAAAAUGUUUGG